AUGGAAAAGGCAGGAGCAGUGGAUCGCUUACCGCAGUUGAUGGGUUGUUACUUAAGCUCAUUUAGAAGUGUGUCAAAAGGUGUAUGGUUUUAUGCAAUUGAGUUUAUGCAUUGGGUAACAUUGAAUUUGAAUCCUUUAAUCCGGUUCAGUAAGAUGUGA